AUGCUCCCUACUCCAUCGAAGUUCUGCGCUGGAAUGCGGUAUCUGGGUAUCAAGACAGGCGAUCAUAUUGUUUGCUAUGAUACCAUGGGCUUCUGGAUGACGGCGAGAGGGGCGUGGAUGCUCAAGGUCUACGGACACGAGAACGUCUCCCUCUUGAACGGAGGCCUUCCAGCCUGGAAAGCAGCAGGUUACCCAACCGAGUCAGGACCUGUCCCAGCAGUCGAGCGGUCUGACUAUCCUUAUGCUUUGCCGGAGAAGAGUCUUAUUAAAGAAUACGAGGAUUUGGAAGUCUUAAAUAAGAACCCCGAACGACGUGUCUUGAUAGACGCUCGUCCUCCGAAUGAGUACACCGACGGCCAUAUGCCCCACUCAGUACCCCUUCCCUUCUUCGGACUUAUGCGACUUCCGGAUCCACCUGCUGCUGCUCACGACUCGGAGCAGAGUCAAAGUGUGAACGGGGAGGACUGGCUAGAGGCUAGCGAGAGAGCAAUGAAUGAUAGACAAGGUGGCGCGAAGGGGAGAACAUGGUUCGAAUUACUUCCGCGUGAGGAGUGGGAGGCUGUUGUGAGGGGCGUUCUUGGAGACAAUACGGUGACAGACUUGGUUGAGGGCAAGAAUGAAGGGAGAGAGGUAGUGGUCACGUGUGGUUGGGGUAUCUUGGCCUGCGGGCUCUGGCUCACACUUGGCCAACUUGGCGUCCCUGUGUCCGUUUAUGAUGAAAGCUGGGAGGGGUAUGAACUGCGCCCCGGGAAUCCCAUCAUGAAAGGUGGCGUUGUGGCCCAGCCUCCUCAAUAUGAGGCCGUGCCAACUUCUCCUUCCUCCCACGCACCCACAAUCGGUUUGUCCGAGGUCGCCGCUGGAACUACCACGGGAAAAUUGAGUUUCCAGGAGAUUCAGAUCAAGCUCGACGACUUAGAGGAUGACGGCACGCCCGAUGUUGGGGAGGUGUCCGCCAAGACGACGUAG